ACCGUAUUGUCCAUUUCCUACCCCCGUGUGUAUGACUGCAUGCCCGUCGUCGAGAGUGAGCGCGGGGAGACCCGAACUCGGUGAGCACGAGGCUUAUUAUGGCGCGCAUACGGCAUGGAUGUAUGUACUUUAUCUACCUAUAUCUGUCUGGGAUGCCUGUGCCGUGCGUAUACGUACGUACCUACCUGCACCCAUACGCAGCCGCAAGCCGCAAGGACUGCGGACCGCCAGCGUUGGUUGGGGCUGGCGAGCCCCAGCCGGCCAGCCAGCCAGCCAGCCAGAGCCAGCACACAUGCCAUCAAAGUCCGUCCGUCAUUCCGUCGCUCAACUUUCGCCGCUCCCACCAUCCCGCGGCGUGGGGGUGUGUGCCUGAUAGAAAAAGCCCGGGAGAAGAAGAAAGGGGGAAGCCGAAGAGGAACGUGUCGGCGAUCCCUUCUUCCCUCGUGCCUCGUGUGUGUCUCUUCCUCCCGGUCCCGACGCGAACGGGUGCACGUAGGUAUGUAGGUCCUCCAUGCACGUACCUACGUACGCAGGUAGGCAAGGCAGGUGUUGAUGGCUCCUCGUCGCGCCGUUCGAACACGUCACAUCUCACAGUCGUGCCAGCGAGCGCGCACGCGCGCGCACACGUUUCCCCAGCUCGCAAACUCGCAACUGGCGACAACGUACGGGGCGAGGAGGCGUUUUCUUCGCUCUGACGACUUCCUACGAGGCCGGUUCAGGAGACGAGUCACGAGCGCGCUUUGCGCCUGGUGCUGGCCGUCGCGUCCGUUUGAACGUAAGACGAUUGAUGCGACGCCAGGCGAUAGGGGCGGUUUUCUUGGCCUUUAAGGGGAGAGGCCAGAUGGACCGGCGGGCUGGACGGGCUGGCCCGGUAACUACCCAAUGAGAAUGCGCGACGACCUCGGUCACGGUGAGGUUCUACACAUACAACGUAGUAUAUAUA